CCCUGAGGUGACGUCUUCUCCGCGGCCGCGCGACGACUCCCCCCCUCCCGGCGAGUCCAGCGGGUGGGCCGCGGCGGAUAUUGUGUAUUUGUUACAGAAAAAGUUUUCUUCAAAUAUGGAUGGGGUAUCUUCGGUGGCUACUGAAGAAAGAGACAAUAUGGAGAGAUCUGUUAGAAGACGUCAUUCCUCAAUUUUGAAACCCCCAAGGAGUCCUCUUCAGGAUAUCAGAAGUGGGAAUGAAAUAGUUCAGGAAUCCAAUACUUUGAGAAAUAGGAAAAGCUCUCGCCGAGUCAGCUUUGCAGAUACUAUAAAGGUAUUCCAGACAGAGUGUCCUAUGAAAACAGUGAGAAAGUCAGAAAUUGCAGAUACAGAAGCGGGAGAAAAUGUUCCACUUAUACAGAAUACAAAUUCAGAUGACAAAUAUUGUGAGAUUACUGGUAUGAACACAUUGCUUUGCGCUCCCAUUCAGACUCAAAUGCAACAAAGACAGUUUUCAAUUAUAGAGCCCAACUAUGACAACAAACAUGGAAAUGACCAGACAAUCACCUUUUCCAAUGAAAAUCAGAUGGAUUUGACAGCAAGUCACACUGUGAUGAUAACCAAAGGCCUUUUAGAUUGUACCAAAAGUCAAAAUUCUACCAAGAUAGAUACUGCAUCCUUCCUGGCUAACAUAAAGUGUCACAAUGAGAAUUUGAGAAUGAAAAAAGAAUUAAAAAUUCCCAUGGAUCAACACCCCACUCCCGAAAAAAAAAUAAAUUGCAAUGAUUUGAUACAAAGAUUGAAAACACGAAAAUCCAGUGCUUAUCUUACAGGCCCUGACAAAGAAAAUUUUGAAAUACCUAUUUAUUCCAAACAAUCAAGUAGUGCCUCUUCUACAUAUCAAAUGCAAGCAUUUCUCAAUGUAAAUGAGAAUAGUAGUAAUAUUACUAGAAUCUUCAGAGAACAAGACGAUGGGAUGAAUUUCACCCAAUGCCUUACAACCGAUAUUCAUAUUCCCCCAUCUGGUGAGGACAACUUAGUGGAAUUCAAGGGUGACAUUACAACUUAUGACAAUGACUGUAUGGACUUGACAGCUAACCAUACCCUGCAGGUUUUACCUUUAGCAAAUAAUUUAUCCAAGACAGAAAAUCAAACUUGUAAGAUCUCCAAGGCUGUUGAAGCAGUUGGUGGAACUGAAGCUCCAGAAAAGACAACAGUCUCUAAGAGUAAACAAAAUGCUGCUUUACAAGAUCCUUUCUUAAACCCUGAACAUAGAACACAUUGUAGUUACAUUAUAGAAUCAGAGACUCCCACAGUCACAGGGACUUCUAAUCAAGAUGCCAGAGCAACAGCUGGUAACUCAGAAUCUGUGUGUUUUAGUCCAGCUGCUCACGGUUAUAAGACCUUAUUUUAUUCUAGUUGUGAUGAUGCCAUGGACCUGACCAAGUGUCUCUCAAGUAUGAGAGAGGAGAAAAGUUUGCUGAAGCCCGAUGGUAAUUUUUCUAAAGGACAUUCCAAUCCUGAUUCCAGCCCUGUUCUUACUGAGAAAACCUUUUAUUCAGGAGAGGAUAGUAUGGACAUUACCAAGAGUCACACAGUUGCAAUAGAUAACCAGCUUUUUAAGCAAGAUCAGACAAAUGUGCCAAUUGUAUCUGCACCACUAUCUGAAGAAGCAAUGAUUCUCCAAAAUCAUGUGACUGUGGCAGAAGGUGGGGAAAGGAAUGUAAAUUGUCAUUCACUUCCUCAAGUGUCCAGGGCAAGAUUACAACAGAGCCUGACAAAUUCUCUAUCUCUUCACUCGACUGACAAAAAGACUCACCUCUUAGAAGAUGAAGAUAUGGAUUUGACUCAAAGUCACACAAGUAACUUAAGUCAGGCUCCUCUUGCACCUUACAUUCUAGCAUCAGAGAAUAUCACUAAAUCUUAUUCUUGUAGCAAAAGUCCUCCAGAUAAAUGGGGGAAAAUGUUCAAAAAUCAUAUCAAACCAUCCCAACAACCAAAACUGAUACCUGAAAAUAUUUUAACUGAUACUCAGGGGAAAGAAAAACAUCAGAUUUUGAAGGUUUCACCUUAUCUUGAUAAUGAUUUUUUCAUGUCAGCUAAUAAUGUAGCCUACUCUGAUAUAGGUCUUGAUAAACAAGUAGCACUAAGAAAUAAUGGAAAUACAGUUUCAAGGGAACCAUCUUUAUUUUCUACCAGAAAGUCAUUCUUGUCAUCUGAUUGUCCAUCAGGACAAUCUGCCUUGAAAAAUAAUACUGAUGUGAAUAGUCAUAUAGCAAAGUCUGUACCAGGCCAGAGUUCUAAAGUACCUGAGUCACUGAGGAGAGAUUUAGAUGACCCCGCACAGGUCUCUUCUCAUGACCAGGUGAUUAUUUGUUCAGAGGAGGAGCAAACUAUGGAUCUAACCAAGAGCCAUGCUGUUGUCAUUAAAUUUGGUCCUUCUGAAGUACAAGACCUUAAUAAGAAUAAUUUAGAACAGAGCACCAUCCAAGUCAAAACAGUAAACAGACCAAUAGCUGUAAAAGGAGAAAACUGUGGUAAAAGUCCUAUGGAAAAAACUGGGAAAUUUGUACCUAAUAAUGUCUUUGGUGUAUUAGAGGACAAAAGUAUACAGAAACCUGAAUUUCUGAUGGAAAAGCAAAAUGCCAAAGUUUGUGGAAGGAAAAGUGUUAGUGGACUAAAAAUGGAUAAGACUGUUAUAUUUUCAGAUGGUGAUGAAAAUGAUAUGGAGAUCACCAAGAGUUGUACAGUAGAUAUAAACCAUAGGUCUUUAUUAGACAAAGGUGAUGCCAAUCGGAUGCCUGUGGAAGGAACUUCUAAAACUAUUUUGUAUGCUUGUGAGCAGGGUGAAAUGGAAAUCACUACAAGUUACACUGUUGCCUUAGAAUGUGAAAGGGUCUCAUCAAAUGAAAGAAUUAUUAGACCUGUGGAAAAGACUACAAUGUUUGUAGAUAAUCACGAUGAGCUAGAAAUGACAAAGUCCCACACUGUUUUCAUUAACUACCCUGCAGAGAAAACUUUACCUCCAGACAGACCUAAGUUUGAACUGCCCAAAAGGAAAAGUCUGAGAAUUGCAGAAGUGACAUCUCUUGCUGAAGAGAAUGCUUUAUGUUCAGAAAAUGGUGACAGCAACCAUCCAGCAUCAAAAGGUAGGCAGGUAACUGUCCCAGAGGAGUGCUCUAGUUACCAUCCUAGAGGGGAAUGUGAGACAUUAAUAGCUGAUGAUAACAUGCAAGUGCCUAAAUUAACCAGUUGGAAACAUGUGAAAGAUGUACAAAAGCCUGGAUUUCCAAAUGAACUUCUGUCAGGCAAACCUCAGAGAAGAAAAAGCCUGAGGUUACAAAAUGACAAGACCAUUGCCUUUUCAGAGAACGAUAAAAAUGAUAUGGAUAUCACCCGCAGUUCUAGGGUAGAAAUAAAUGACAAAGGUACCUUGGAAGAUAAAGAGGACUCUAACUGGAUGCCUUUGACAGGAGCUUCUAAAACUGUUUUAUAUGCAUGUGGGCAAGAUGACAUGGAGAUAACUAGAAGUCACACCACUGCCUCUGAAUGCCAAACUCUCCCACCAGAAGAAGUAACUGCUAAGCCAGUGGACAAAACAAUAAUGUUCAUAGAUAAUCUCAAUGAUCUGAAAGUUACCAAGUCCCAUGCUGUUUUCAUUGACUGUCAAGCCACGGAGAAAACGCUUCCAGAAUACCCUACAUUUGGAAUAGCAAGAGAAGGAAACAGUACUGAAGAUAAUAGCUGCAUUCAAGAAAUCACUAAAAAACAAGCACUGUCUGUAGGAAGUGAAAUUGUUUUUCACCCUGCACAAAAGCAUCAGAUGACAACCCUUAUUCCUCCUAAUACAUUGUGUAGGGAUCAAAGUAAGGUGGAAUUGAUCAAGUUCCAUAGAACUGAUACAAAUGAGGUGGUCAUGGGGAAAGUUGCAGACCAGGCCUACAUAGUGAAAGGAGCCCAAGCUGAAAGCUGCCGUAUAGAUAGUACAGACAGAAAAAAUGUGGAUUUUACAAGCAGUCAUGGAGUUGUUAUUUGUGGAUCCAGUGAUAAUUGGAAACAAAGUCUGAAAAAUUUGCAUGGGAAAACGGAAGGAGUUUCAGAUCUCCAAACUGUUCAAUUGCCACCUACUCCAGAACAAGUACUUGAAUUAGGAAAUACAGGGUUCAAUAAUAAGAGUGUACUGCAAACUAAGGAAAUAAAUAACAUUGUCUCCAAUGAUGCUAGUGAUAAUAAAGAUGAAGAAAACAAGAACUCUCAUAGUGGAUCUGAAAGUAUGUCUAUACCAUUAAAUACAGCUGGUAAAGAUAAAAUGAGGAGAUAUUCUUUGGGAAUCUUUUUGCCCAGAUUGCCAAACAAGAGAAAUGGUAGUGUCACGGGUAUUGAUGAGACUGAGCAGAUUCCAGCAGAUUCAACUGAUUUAAACCACUUAGAAAUUCUUCCAGUCUCUAACAAGGAUUUGGGCACAGGAUCUGUUGUACCUAAAAUGAACUUAAGUCCAUCUCAGUAUAUAAAUGAGGAAAAUCUCCCUGGUGAGAUUAAUUCCUCAGGCUCUAUUAGCACAGAAACUGAAGAAAAUAUUUUGAUUGAAACUGACCAAAAAGCAACUGACAACAAAAUGGAGGAAACCUGUAUUAGCCACAAAAGAACAUGGGUACAAGAAGGAGAUGCUGUUUCAACUGAGAAAAAAAUCAGAAAACAUGACUUUCAGCUUGGUGAUACUAUUCAGGGCCAUGAGAUUUUUGACCCCAAUACUGAAGAGGAUAUAGAUAAACAUGUUAACAGUGUAUUGGCAAAAAGCCCAAGCAGGACCCCAUCUAGCUGCAGCAGCUCUCUGGAUUCAGUCAAGGCUGAUGGGACCUCUCUGGACUUCAGCACAAACCGCAAUAGUCAAAUGGAAUCACAAUUUCUCAGUGACACUAUUUGUGAAGAGAACUUGAGGGAGAAACUCAAAGAUGGGAGCAUUACAAUAAGAGAGUUCUUCAUACUUCUUCAGGUCCACAUUGUGAUACAGAAGCCCCGGCAGAGCAAUCUCCCAGCCAAAUUUACUACAGACAUAUCACCUACUCCAGAAGACCUGAUGUUAAGACAAUAUGUGUAUGGACCCAAGAUACAGAUUUAUAGAGAAGACUGUGAGGUUCUUCGCCAAAAGAUUGAAGCAUUAAAGAUUUCUGCAUUGAACCAAGAUAAACUAUUGACUGAUGUAAACAGGAACUUGUGGGAAAAAAUGAGAAACUGCUCUGAUGAAGAGCUGAAGGCCUUUGGAAUUUACCUUAACAAAAUAAAGUCUCGUUCAACCAAGAUGACAAAAGUCUUCACUCACCAAGGAAAGGUGGCUCUGUACAACAAGCUGGUGCAGUCGGCUCAGAAUGAGAGAGAAAAGCUUCAGAUAAGGAUAAAUGAGAUGGACAACAUAUUGAAGAAGAUCAGUAACUGUCUCGCUGAAGUGGAAAUAGAAACUAAGGAUUUGGAAAAUGAAGAGAAAGAUAAUCCUGUGGACGAAUGGAAUUCUCAAAUGAAAGCUGCAGAGAAUGAACUCAAACAGCUGAAAUCAGAAGAGGAAGAACUUGAAAGAAAGGUAUUAGAAGUAGAGGUACAGAAAAAGCAGACCCUUGCCCAAAUAGACUUUAUGCAAAAGCAAAUAAAUAGAACUGAAGAACUACUGGAUCAGUUGAGUUUAUCUGAGUGGAAUAUUAUUGAGUGGAAUGACACUCAAGCUGUAUUCACCUUUGUUUAUGACACCAUACAACUCACCAUCACCUUUGGAGAACCUGUAGCUGGUAUUCCUUUCCUGGACCAGGCCAACAGGAAGAUUGUUGAGGUCGAUUUUCAGUCUCUGUUAGAUGAGGAUAAAGCUCCCCCUUCCUCCCUUUUAGUUCAUAAGCUCAUUUUUCAGUAUAUUGAGGAACAAGAAUCCUGGAAGAAGAAAUGCAUAACCCAGCAUCAAAUACCCCAGAUGCUUCAUGAACUCUCACUGGUUGUGAACCAUUGCCGACUCCUUGGGGAGGAGAUUGAAUUUUUAAAGAGAUGGGGACCAAAUUACAACCUAAUGUACAUAGAUGUGAAGCAUUCUGAAUUGAAGCUUUUGUUCUCCAGCUCUGUAGCAUUUGCAAAGUUUGAGUUAACUUUGUCAGUCUCAGCAUAUUAUCCUUUGGUUCCAUUACCUUUCACCGUUCAAAAUCACCUUGGAAACAUUGGACAUGAUGAAAUUGCUACUAUUAUGUCUAAAGUGCCAUUAGAAGACAACUAUCUGAAGAAUAUAGUCAAGCAGAUUUACCAAGAUCUACUUCAGGACUGUCAUUUCUCCUGCUAGACCCACAGGCCACUGCUGGAAAAAAAUGUCCUUAGCCAGAUAUGGUAGCACAUGUCUGUAAUCCCAGCACUCAAGAGACAGGAAGAACAUGAAUUUGAGGUCCGCCUAUGCUACACAGUGAGUCUGAGGCCAGCCUGAGUUACAUAGUGAGACCCUGUCUCUAAACCCAAGCAAACAAAACAAAAAACCAUAAUGAUAUUAUGUCACGAGCUGCGUUACUGGUUUAUAUUUGUCUUUAUGUCAUAGAAGACUAGUAAAAUUCCUCCUGAUGAUGUUAUAGUUAAUCUGCAUGGUUUUUAUAUCUGUAGUUAGUAAAGAUAAAAAGCCUCAAAUAGCUUGCUAUCAACUUGCUUAUUUUUCUACCUAAGAUUACAUAGUGUGACACAUAGAGAAAAUUUCCAUUAACUAAAGUGGUGUUCUCUUUUUCAGAGGUAUUACUAUUGACAAAGAGAUGAGCCCUUUCCACAAACUUAGAGAUAGGAGGUUUAGGGAGCCUGGCUUCUGCCUAGCAGAUAUUUUGGAGUUGAAACAUCUGGCAUUUACCUCCAGUGGUAGCACACAGGCAAUCAGUAGCCUGAACAGGGAGGACCACUUGAGCCCAUGAGUUCAAGACCAGGAUGGACAACAUAGUUUGUGCAACACAAAUGAGAAUAUGUCUAUCUGUAAACUACUAAUCAUUUUUCUACAUUUGAGAAAUGCUAAGAGAAAGCAAUAAUACUCUGCUACUGGAAUGGUGCCUUUCCUUGAGGGCUUUGCUGUUUGAUCUGUAGUGUGUAUUAAUGUUUUCUUAAUCAGUUCAGUUUUCCAGGGAAAGCUGAUUUGGGCCCAUUACAUACAUGUAAAUAUGUUCAGGUUUUUGUGUCUGUGAUAUAUAAUAAGGAGAUAAUAGCCUUCUAGAAGCAUGAGCAGUUUGCAUUUUUCUAAAGGAUGCUUGCUUCAUAGCGAGAUUCUCAACCUUUUAUUAAAUAAUGACAUCCCAAACAGCUUCACACUCAAAACAGUGGUUUCUGACAGUGAAGAAAAGCUGACUCUACUGAUUGAUUGGUUCCUGAAGCCACAUCUUUUCUCACACUAAACCAAGUAGAUCUGUGAGCAGUAUUACUUCUGAGGCAGACAAAUAUAAAAGAACUUUUGCCCAACUUUAGUCAAAUCUUAAUCAUGAUAAUCAUGAUAAUCUUUUAUAUUCUAAAUUAAAUAGAUUUACAUUCUAGGCUAAUUUGUCUUAAAUUUUUGCUUUUUACUUUAGGAUCAGGUUAAAGUUAUAUUAGUCCCAUGAAUGUUGUCUUCCCUCCUUACUAGUUUUACUUCUCAGCUAUGUAGCGAAAGAUCAAAUCAGCUUUUAGUUUCAUAAGUCAACACAAAACUCCCUAACAUAAAAAUCACGACUAAGAUGAUGUUCCUUAAAACUUAAACUCCAUAAACACUUUUUAAAAGUUGUAUGGUCUGUUUUCCAUGAAACUUAAGUUAGCUUUCUUACUGGAUUUAUUUUUACAUCUAAAAAUUAGGUUUUGUUUUAUUAUUUAUACUGCUCAAAGAGUGAUUUGGUUUAUGAUGUGAUCAUCUCUGUUCUCUUGGGUUCAGACUAUGUAAUUGUAAUGUUUAUAUAGGUAUUUGUGUUUUCCUUUGUUCAAAGUGUUUGACAUUUUCGUAAAUUUUUGUAUGUUUUUCAUGGAUUGGAAAGGAGAUUGUUUUUUGCAUUAGUAAAGUUUAUUACUUGAAAUCUUUUAUAAGUAAUGUUUCUUUAUUAAGAGUAUUUUAGAUCCGGGCACUGGUGGCUCACACCUGUAAUCCUAGCUACUAAAGAGGCUGUGAUC